AUGAUGAUGAGCUCGACUUUCCUCGAGUCCGCCGGCGACGGAGACGGAGCUGCGCGCUUCGGACGCAUGCCCGAUGACUGGAUGAACGGUAUCGACACUACCGCCAUGCCUUUCUCCAGCUUAGAUGCCCCCUACGAGGCUUCUACAAAUCCUCUUCAGUCUCCUGAGACGCCCAGUCUCGAUAACACCGUCUUCCCCUCCCCUCUAACAGACCUUGCCUACCUUGACCGUUCCUUUGGAGACUUCUCCCCCAACGGCUACGCCAUCCAUUCCACAACACCGGGCCAAUUCCCCGUCCAUCCUCCUCAUCGCACCUCAUCGGCCUUCUCAGAAGGCUACGACCUGUCCACAGGCAGCCCAUCCCUUGGCGCCGUCUGGCCAGCUCACGUCUCGCCGGCGGCAACAUUCCUACCCACGCCGCCCAUGGCAGAUGAGCUAUCACCUGCUGAGUCUGAGCCUGAGGAUGAUAACCAGGAUGACGAUGAGGACUACGACGAUGACUCGGAGCCAGCCAGCAAGAAGCGCAAGCGCUCAACGGCAACAAAGACAAGGGCAAAGGGUAAAGACGGACCUAAACGUAAUCCCACCCAGCUCCGCACUGCAUCGCGUGCUCCCAAGAAGCGCGCUGUUGCUCAGCCCAGACAUCCUAGCGAAACUACAGAGGAAGUCAAGGCGCGGGCUGCGCACAACCAAGUUGAGCAGCAAUACCGCAAGCGCCUCAACACUCACUUUGAGCGCCUUCUCGCUGUCCUCCCUGCUCCCGGUACAGAAGGCGGUAUCGCCAAUGAUCGCCGCGUGAGCAAAGCCGAGGUGCUCGAUCUCGCACGCGAAAGAAUUCGCGCGCUGGAGAAGCAGACGGCGAGGUUAGAAAGAGAAAGACGAGAGCUCCGGGGACGAAUAGCUCCUGAUACACGAAGGUGUUUGGUUUAG